AUGUUGCAACGGGCAAGCAGCAAGUACGAGGCCAACGCUCCUCCCCAGAAGAGCCAGGCGAAAGGCGGGCCUUUCCUUCCUUCUAGUAGCCCAUCACACAAUGCCGAUAUCAGACAACAACUAAAGAAGCCAAACGCCCCUGCUGUGUCGGCGAGGACGAUGCCACCCUUCUCCAAGCCCCUUGAGAAUCGAUCUUCUAACAUGAACCAAGCCUCAAACAACAAGAGAACCCCAGCAGGCCUUGGUAGGGGAUCGCUGGCUACACUCUGUGGAGGGUCGAAUUCGUUUAGUGAACGACUAGACGUUGUCGACCUCACGGGUUCUGAAUCUCAAACCAAAGCACAAUCUGCUGUCUUCUUUAACGAAAGUGACUUUAGUGACGACGACGAUUUGGAUCUUGAUUUCAAAGCUCCGUCAGCUCUACCACCUCUUCCCCCAGCUGCUAGCACUCCCACCAAAAGUGUUCCCAACGAAAGAAUGCCACAACCACCAACAUCGACGCAGACAGACAGGACUAUUCCUUGGUCCUCGUCACCCCCUUCACACUUCCUGCCACCUGCACAAAACACAUCCGCGGGUUCAACAAUGGCCAACAUCUCAAUGAAGCGUGAUUCAUCUGGCGACCAUCACGACAUUGGUGUCCCAGCACAUAAAAAGGCCAAAAAGCGUGUACUGCCUCAAAGCUUCAAACAGGAAGAGCCUGAAGACGAGGACGAUAACUAUGCUUCAGUCAUUCAAACACCUAACAACAAGCGGAAAGACUUCCUAAACCCCACUGCUAGCGCCGUCAAGGAACAGAAGAAGCAGUUCAGAAACCAGCGCCAGCAAGAGCAGCCUUCAGCCAACACGGAUUUGCCUAUGGGUGAGAUUCAAGAAAUCACAACAUCUAAUUCCAAAGCCAACUUUGCUGUGUCUUUGAGCGAAGAGCAAAAACAUGUCUUGGAUCUGGUUGUAAACAAGAACCAGAGUGUUUUCUUCACUGGUGCAGCCGGAACAGGCAAGUCUGUCUUGAUGCGAGCCAUCAUCAAAGACUUAAAGACCAAAUAUGCAAAAGAUCCUGAACGUGUUGCUGUCACAGCUUCCACUGGACUUGCCGCGUGCAAUAUCGGAGGUAUCACUCUGCACAGCUUCUCGGGCAUUGGCCUUGGCAAAGAGGACGCUCCAACGUUGAUCAAGAAGAUUCGACGAAAUCAAAAGGCGAAAAAUCGUUGGCUCAAGACCAAAUGCCUUGUCCUCGAUGAAAUCUCUAUGGUUGACGGCGACCUGUUUGACAAGCUAUCACAAAUUGGAAGAACAAUUCGCAACAAUGGAAGGCCCUGGGGCGGCAUCCAGCUUAUCAUCACUGGUGACUUCUUUCAGCUUCCACCUGUACCAGAUCAUGGAGCCAACAAGGUGACCAAAUUUGCUUUUGAUGCGUCUACCUGGACCACCUCGAUAGAUCACACGAUUGGACUUACCCAGGUUUUCCGUCAGAGAGAUCCCGUGUUUGCAAACAUGCUCAACGAGAUGCGGCUCGGUCGAAUCACUGAGGAUACUGUUCGGGCUUUCAAAAGCUUGGAACGACCACUUCAAUUCAAUGACGGCCUAGAAACCUCCGAGCUGUUCUCGACUCGAAACGAGGUUGAAUAUUCAAAUGAAAGACGCCUCCGGGAUCUUCCUGGCAAACCUCGACGCUAUGAUGCCCAAGAUACUGGCAAAGAAGAAGUUCGAGACAAAUUGCUGGCGAACAUGAUGGCGCCCAAGUCUAUUGUUCUGAAGGUGAACGCUCAAGUCAUGUUGAUCAAGAACCUUGAUGAAUCACUAGUCAACGGAUCCCUGGGUAAAGUCAUCGGCUUCUCGGAUGAGAAGACGUUUGACAUGUCCCCACCUGAUGAGUACGACGAGGAUGACCAAUCAGCCAAAGCCAGAAAGAAGCUACUCAAGUCAUUUCAACAUGAAUCGGAGUCAAGUGCGAGCGAUAAAUACCCCGUGGUCCAGUUCAUGGCAGGAGACGGCACAUCGCGUGUGAUUCUCUGCCAGCCCGAAGAAUGGAAAGUCGAAUUGCCUAACGGCGAGGUUCAAGCCAAACGCGCCCAACUCCCUCUGAUCCUGGCCUGGGCACUUUCCAUUCACAAAGCCCAAGGCCAAACCCUGGAGCGAGUAAAGGUCAACUUGGGACGCGUAUUCGAGAAAGGCCAGGCCUACGUUGCUCUCAGUCGAGCCACUACUCAGGAUGGUCUGCAAGUUUUGGGCUUCCAAAAGGCCAAGGUCAUGGCCCAUCCUCGGGUCAUAGAUUUUUACAACAAACUCUACAGUGCAGAAGAAGCGCUCGGCAAGCCGAAAGCCCAAUCUAUCACCAGCUUCGUAUCCAAUCGCAUCGGGUCCGCGCCUUCAAGGGCACCAGCGCCCAAGAAACCAGCGCCACAGGUGGUGGAUCUAGACGAUGAAGAGGAGGCGAUGGCUGCUGCGUAUGGUAACUGA